AAUAGAUAGACGAACUUUACAUGGCUCAAGGAAGUCACUCUUUUUCACCUUAUAAGUUCAUUAUAAUAUUAGAAUUACGGGAAACAACUGAAUGCAAGGUCAAGCGAGAUUUAUAAGGUUUCCUGUUGCUAGGCGACAAAAGUGGCAUUCCUCUCAACAAGGCUUUCUCCAUUGGGCCGUUGCUCUCUUAGCAGUCGGGUCGUCGCAGCGUUCAAUGAAAAAAAGCAAGUGUAUUACCGUGGAAUUUUUUUCUUUUUGGAGAGAAAUGCAUUUGAAAUCAUAUACAAUAAUCUGGAAGACGAUGGGAACAAAAGGGAGGAAAUUGAGAAGCAAAAAGUACAGUGACAAAAGUGAGCGAGAUAGUAAGAAAGAAAAAAGUGAUCCAAGUGUAUAAACGAAAUAAUAAAAAAAAAAAAGGUGCAAAGAGUGUAGGAAGGCUUGUAAUUAUGGAAAAAGAAAAAUUUUUGAGCUUGAGCCUUCCAGUCUACCGUUUUUCCAGUUACUUCUUUCUGUUUUCUAGUAUCCAGAUUUAUUUCGCGCGAACGUACUUGCCAACGACAAG